AGUACAACCUUCUGUGUGUGUCUCACUCUCACCAAUACAUUUGCGGCUUUAUCUUUGGAGAGUUUUCUCUCAAUUCCUCCUUAGCAUGUCCACUCAGUCAGAGCAGGAGCAGGAGCACGCAAGCCCCGUUGCGGCGCCAUCGCAAGCGCCAAAAAAUGCCUGGGUUGAUGACGAAGAUGCCAAAGCAGAGCACGCCGUUCCGGCCUUCUUGAAGGAGAGCACGACGAAGCCUUCAUGGGCCUUGAGUGACAACGCACGCGCCUUGGAUCUGCAGUCGGACGAGUACGCAGACGCCUCUCCACAGCAACGCCGCGCCGCCGAUGCGCUGGCACGCAAACGCUUCCGCAGUGAGGACCUUGACACCCUCCUCUCGCGCAAGGAGCCGCUGCUGUCCUCCAAGCACGACCGCCCGAGCAGCAGCGUGCCGAAGGUGCUUUCUGUCCUCCCGCUGCCCCGCGAUUCGGCGCGGACCAUUCACUGGCACAGCAACGGCCAGCUUGCUAUCGUUGGUGGCAACCAUCACCUCUACGCUUUUCACGCGGCAGGUGGCUUUGUGGAGCAGCUGUCGAAGGUGGAAGUCGGCAAGCGCGUGGAGACGACGGCGCUGUCGGAUAGCGGGGAAGAGGUACUGAUCGCCGCUCACGAGGCUUACGCCCCGCUACUGAUGUCCAUCGCAACGGAGCAGCUGAUACCGCUGACGUUUCUCGAUACGCGCGACACCGCCGUACACCGCAACGGGCGCCGUGACAACGUGCGUCACGAGUUGUUUAUUACGAAGCUGGCGUGCAAGCCCAACGACCCGGUGAGCAGAGGCGUCGCCGUUGCUCGCGGGUCCACCGUCACGCUCGCCUCGCUUUCCUCCGGCAGUGUUCUGAGCCACAUUACGGUGGAUGCGCCGAUCACCGACGUGAACUUUGUCUCCGCAACGGAGCUGGCGAUUGCGACACGGAAUAAGGUACUGCUGUACGACGUGCGCAGGUCGAACCACUUCACACGUGAGCUGACCCACGAAGGCGUUCUGGACAUCACCGCGUGUGCCUUCACAGGAAGCGGUGGUGCGGCCCGCACGCGUGCGAUAGCGGUGGGUUCGGCCAGCGGUGUGGUGAGCGUGUACGACAGCACCACGUUGCGCUCUGCCGCUGCGACGACGGGAGCGUCCACGGUAAGCCGACCGCGGUUAAUGCGCGAGCUGAAGCAGCUGGUGACGCCCAUCUCAUGUCUCUGCUUUGGGGAGAACAGUCAAGGCGACUCGGUGCUGGCCUUCGCGACGGGCGGGCAGAAGGGCGGCUUUCGUGUGGCGCGUCUGCCGGAGUUAAACGUUGUGCCGUCGUUCCCGGCGGUAUCAACGCGGCAUGGGUUUGUGCAGAGCAUGACGAUUGCACCGACGGUGCCGAUAUUGUCCGUCGGUGAGCGUCAGAAGGUGACCAACUACGCUUUGUGA